AUGGGCAAUCUGGGUGGUCUGUCGCCGCAGGGGAGUGUUGCGUACAAUGUCACUGACAGCUUUGGGGCGAUUCAGGUCGGAGUGAUCAUCGGGUUGAUCUCGACCAGUCUCCAGGCCAUUGGUUUGACCUUCCAGCGCAAGUCGCAUAUCCUCGAGGACGAGAAGUUCCCCUACGAUUCACGACGCCCUCCAUACAAACGUCGACGAUGGCAGGUGGGCAUGUCGAUGUUCGUCAUCUCGAACAUCGUCGGCAGCACCAUCCAGAUCACUACACUUCCGCUCCCGGUACUCUCCACCCUUCAGGCUUCCGGUCUGGUCUUCAACACCAUAUUCGCUACCUUAAUUCUGGGUGAGCCAUUUACCCGAUACUCCCUCAUCGGCACCGUCCUCGUCUGCAUCGGGGCCGUUCUCAUCGCGGUCUUCGGUGCUGUCGGAGAACCUGCGCAUACCCUCGACCAACUUCUCGAACUAUUAAAACGCCGAAACUUCAUUCUCUGGAUGGUGGCGACCGCGAUCAUAGUGGUAGUCAUCUACGCAGGGUCCAAAGUGCUGAAGUAUCUUACACACUCGGCGCGAUCGAAACACUCCACCAUCCACAACCAUGCGUAUGCUCCUCCCCGCAUACCAAUGGCCCACGGCCGAGUCCGGCUGAUCCGUGGAUUAUGCUAUGGCCUGAUCAGCGGGGUCUUGUCAGCGCAUACCCUUCUCCUCGCUAAAUCCGCCGUGGAACUGCUGGUCCGGACCAUAGUGGAUCGCGUCAAUCAGUUCAACCGAUGGCAGUCAUGGGUCAUUCUCCUGGCAAUGAUCACCGUUGCUCUCAUGCAGCUGUAUGCAUUACACCGAGGCCUGAAGCUCUGCAGCACCAGUGUUCUCUACCCAUUCGUCUUCUGCAUCUACAACAUCAUCGCCAUCAUCGAUGGCCUCAUAUAUUUCCGCCAAAUGUCGCAGUUGGCCGGAAUCCACGCUGGACUCAUCGCACUGGGCACAAUCGUGUUGCUCAGUGGAGUCUUAUGUCUCUCGUGGCGGUUAGAAGUCAUUGAGAGCCACGCAGGCGUGACGGUGGUUGGACCGUCGCAGACGGCAUUGGGCCCUGGCAUGGCCCUUGUCGAAGAACCGUCCAUCUGGGCCGAACUCGACGAUUCCGACUAUGACGACCCCGACCCCGACAUCAACCCCCUUCACCGCGCCCUCCCCACCGACACAUUCAAAACCAGACCACGCAGCAAGACCGGGUCCAUAGUCCCGAAAGACGGCUCGCUACGUGGGCCCCGCCGCGCAACGGCCGCAUCCACCCAUCAAAACACGUGGACGUCGCGCCGGGUGCCCCCAUCCAUCCAUGAGGUCCGCCGCCAACGCCGAACCUCCGCCCCAGUGCUGAACCACCAUACCAACCCUAUCCAGAAUCGUCUCCCUUCCAUCGGUCCUUUCUUCGAGGCCGCGCGGGACCGAAUAACCAGCUACGGCACCCAAGAUGACCGCUCCGACGAGCCGUUCCUAACGAGCCGUCGUCGGGGACAUCAGUCCACCCCAACAGAGGAUCACCCGUCCUCGAACGCACCAACCGAGUCGCGCCUUGCCGGUCCAAGACGCGCUUUGGGCAGUGCCUGGAGGGCCGGCGUUGGGUAUCUGUCGCGAGUAACAGGGCGAAAGCCAACCCCCGACGAGGCAGAGAAUCAUCUGCCUUGA